AUGGUAGGUAGGAAUCAAAAGAACAGGCGUCCAGGCCCUAAACUUAAAAGAAAUGCUAAAGGUCGCGUAUCAAAGCAUCAGUUCAAGAAUAAAGCUUCCUCUGUUAAGGAAUCAAAUGGUAGGAUUGUGGAUCCUUCGGAGCUGAAAUGGAAGAAAGUUGAUAUUCCAGACACACUAGACGAUUUUGGUGGCUUUUAUGGUCUUGAAGAGAUUGAUGGUGUCGAUGUUGAAGUUGUCGACGGUAAGGUAAAGUUUGUUACCAAGGAUGAUAGUAAAGUAAAAGCCACUUCAGUAGAUCAAGAAAACAUUAGUGAAAUUGAGUUUGACGAAGAUGCAGAAAUGGAUGAUGUUAUUGAAUUUAAGAACUUCGAUGAUAUUAAGGAGGGAGAAUUAAGUGCUGCAUCGGAAUCGGAAUCGGAGGAAAUGGAAGGUGAAGAUGAAGAUGAAGAUGAAGAUGAAGGUGAAGAUGUAUAUGAGGAUGCUUCUGAGAAAGAGGGCGAAAUGCAAGGAGAAGAUCCAUUAAAGGCGAAUGUUUUUACGUCUUCCGUAGACCUACUUGAUCUCGAAUCGCCGAUGUUGCCAGAAUGGACAGACAAAAUGGAAUUAUCUAUUACUACUCUGCAGGGACUAGCUAAUCUAGGUUUCGCCACGCCUACAGAAAUCCAAGCAAAGGCUAUUCCAAAUGCUUUAGAAGGGAAUGAUAUUAUGGGGAAGGCGUCUACCGGUUCAGGUAAGACAUUGGCAUAUGGUAUUCCUAUUAUUGAGAAAUUAAUUAAGAAUAUGAGCGGCACCGAUCCGGUCGGAAUAAUCUUCGCCCCAACUAGAGAAUUAGCUCACCAGGUGAAGACGCAUUUGGAGAAAUUGGCAUCUUUGUUGGUAAAGAAAAAUCCCUACAUCAUCAUUUCAUUAACCGGUGGUCUAUCAAUUCAAAAACAGCAACGUCUGCUGAGUUACAAAGGUAGUGCAAGAAUUGUUGUUGCUACACCAGGAAGAUUUUUAGAACUACUUGAAAAGAACGAAGAAUUAAUUAAAAGAUUUGCUCAAACUGAAACAUUGGUACUUGACGAAGCUGACAGGUUGCUUCAGGAUGGGCACUUUGAUGACUUUGAGAAGAUUUACAAGCAUCUUUGGAAGGCUCGGAAGUCAAACAAAAAACAUUCUGAUGGUUGGCAAACAAUGAUCUUCUCAGCUACCUUUUCAACAGACCUUUUUAAUAAGCUUGCCAGUAAUUCAUGGAAGAACUCAACAGCAUCAACUGAGAAUGAAAUUGAAACUGUGCUAAAACAUCUAAUGACUAAGCUACAAUUUCGUUCUAAGCCAAUUAUUAUAGAUACAAAUCCAGAACAGAAGGUGAGAUCUCAGAUUAAGGAAUCUUUAAUUGAAUGUAUGCCAGCGGAAAGAGACCUUUAUGUCUACUACUUUGUCACGCUUUAUUCACGUACUACGCUUGUUUUCUGUAACGCUAUUGAAUCAGUCAAGAAGCUAACCCUUUAUUUGAACAACUUGGGUAUCUCAGCAUUCCAAAUUCAUUCAUCAAUGCUACAGAAGAAUCGUUUAAAGAGUUUAGAAAAGUUUCAGGAACAGGUGCUAAAAAAUGAGCCCCAAGGUAAGCCAACUGUUCUCAUUGCCAGUGAUGUUGCAGCUAGAGGUUUGGAUAUUCCGGGAAUUAAUCAUGUUAUUCAUUAUCAUUUGCCCCGUUCUGCAGAUGUCUAUAUUCACAGAUCAGGAAGAACAGCUCGUGCAGACAAUGAAGGUGUAUCUGUCAUCAUUUCCUCACCGGAAGAAUCAAUGGGACCUUUGAAGAAGUUGAGAAGAGUGUUAGCUACGAAAUCAAAUUCUAAAAAAGCUAUGAAGUGGCAGAAGGAUUUGACGCAACUUCCUAUAGAUCAUGAUAUAUUAGUCCAACUACGUGAACGCAGCAAGAUUGCAAGUACAUUAGCUGAUGAUGAGCUCGCUACAAGAUCUUUGAAUAAAGAUGAUAACUGGCUAAAAAAUGCGGCUGAAGAGCUUGGUAUAGAUGUUGACUCUGAAGAUGAGAUGAAGGACAUAUUCCUUGCCAAGAAUAAAACAAAAAAGAUGAAUAAGCAAGUUGGGAAAACUGAGGCUAAGGCAUUGAGGCACCAACUACAGGCAUUGUUGAAUAAACCACUUCGAAAGGAUGGCAGAAAAAGUUAUUUGACAGGUGGCCUUAUGAACUUAGCUGACGCUAUCGUUAAGAACAAAGGUCACAAUAAAAUUAUCGGCUUCGAUAAAGUUGACGCUUUAGAACUCUUGAAGCAAAAGGAUGUUCGCAAGUAG